UUGAUAUCAUUAAUGUUGCGGUAGCGUUUGUUUCAGUGAUAUGAUUUUUUUUUUUUUUAAAUGCUUUGAUCUCUCCGCUUUACAUGCUGUAUGCACACUGACUGGACACAACGAAGACCGUUGUAGAGAUCUAGUGCUGGUCUCCAGCGCUAAAUGCAGGGCAGUAAUUUUGCUUCAUGGCCUUUGACUGCAGACAUUGGUGAUGGCCUAAAAGCAGAAUUAUCCACCAUAUUUCCUACACAGAUCUGCACAUUCCCCGAGAGCAGCAAAUGUUCAAAACGACCAGAAAGGGGAUAAAAUGUGCACAAAUAUGAAAGGCUAUAAACAUAACACUACAAUGUAAUAACCUAGCACAGGGACUGGAUUCUGGCAUUGCAACCUGCUGAACACUUAAUGUAGCCACAAUGUUAUAUUUUUAAAAUCAUAAAUCAUCUCUUGUCCUGUGUCAUUAUGCUCAAAGCAGACACAAUAAGAUUCAGUGCAGUAGUUUGGCCCUUUGUCUUGUUUGUGUAGUUGCUUGUUUGUUUGUUUCAGUGCAAAGAUUGAAACACUGCAUCCCAGUUCUUGUUGAAGAAGCAGCUAGAGAGAAGCAGAGUCUGUCCAGACACUGACUCAGACUGAGUUCCAUCAGCUAACACGUGGAGGCCCUUCAGAAGAGACAAGAGGAAAACAAACUCACAGAGUCUCAGAGCUCUUUGGGACGAGAUUCAUUGUGCAGAGGAACAGCUAUUCACUGCGACACAGACAGAAUCAAGACAUUUUUUUUCCAGAGCCUGCAAGCUGUCUGCUCCAACACUCCAACUGAGCAUCAUGGAACGUGUGGACAGACGCACCCGGUUCCUCUCCCGUAUCUCGGAAGCCAAACCCGCCGAUCCUUCAGGCUCAGUCAGUAACACUGACAAGUCCCCACAGAUGAGAAUGGUGUCAGUCCGGCUGGAGGACUGUAGCCACAAACUGGGACCAAACGGAGUUUUUAUUGUGCAAGGGCCGGUGCAUCAUGCUGGGGUUGAGGACAGUGAUGAAGACGAUGAUGAUGAUGGAGAUGGAAGAGAUAGCGAUUACAUCCCUGACAGUAAACGCCUCCAGUAUUGCUCUAGAGGGCGAGGUCGUGGCUCCUCCUCUGGGAAACGAACACACAAAGACCAGGGGACGUCGGCGAGCACAAGAAACUAUUCCUGCAACCGGUGCCGCAAGACAUUUUCUCAACUGAACCAUCUCAAACUGCACGAGAGGACGCACACAAAGAGGGCGUUCAUCAAAAGUCCGCGUGAAUCUGGCGGAAAAGGCAAGACCAAGUCGACCCCAAGCACGCCCUAUUCCUGUGAUCUGUGCAGUAAGACGUACUCUCAACUCAAUCACCUCAAACUGCACCAGAGAACACACAAAGGAGGACAAGAGAAGGAAAAGAGGAAGCCAAGUCAGACCCAGUCUAAUAAGUGUGACCUGUGCGGGAAGGUGUUUUCAAGCCAAGCCUACAUCAGCAUUCACAAGCGAAUACACACGGGCGAGAAGCGCUACAGCUGCAGUGUUUGCGGAAAAGCCUUCACCCAAGCUAGCGCUCGCACGGUACACCAGAGGAAGCACGACAAAGAGAGUUCCUCUUUGGCUGACGUUCGUCCCCAGCAGGGCCGCCAGAAGCGCUCAAAGCAGACUGUGGGGGGUGAUGACCAGCAAGCGCAGAGUGCAGAGAGUCUCGAAACUCCAAAGGACGCAGAAACACGUGGACGUGUUGAAAAUGGAGAAGAGUGCUCCCUGGACAAUGCCGUCCCUCAACAAGAGGAUGUUGCACAGUAACAGUUUCAAGAUUAUUAUUAUUAUUAUUAUUAUUAUUAUUAUUAUUAUUAUUAUUGUAUGUUUUCAUAGAACGUUAUUAUGUACACACAUUAUGUGUUCAAGGAAAGUGUCCUAUUAUGUUAUGUUAUUGGCAGGCUUUUUACCAUGCGAAGAUAUUCAUACAUUCAUACAAUUGUACACAUACAUACAUGUAAGUGGUAUUUGGUCCAAGAGAACAAGUACACCAGUCUUAGCAAACUUAUUUAAUGUAUAGUGUAACUAAAGUCCUGUUAGUUUGUGAUGUGUUGGUGUUAAAAUAAAACAUUUUAAAUUAAUCAUCA